GAUGCCGAUAUUUCAUUUUAAAGCUUUUAUCGGCCGAUACGAUGACAUGCUGAUAAUAUCGUGCAUCCCUAAUUUUAUUUUAGUGGUUGUUAGUAGUUGCCUGACAUGGUGGAAAUGUGGUGAAAGAGGCCUGCAGUGGUUGUGUUCAGGUGUUUGAUUCAGUGAUUCAAUAGCUGACCAUUUUCAUGCCUUUCAGUGUUUUCUCUGGUUGCAGUUUGUUUUAAUGAAACAAUAUUUUAUCAUGAGGUAUCUACUGGCCAUUUUACUAGACUGAUGCUAGGGACUUUAUUUAUUUUAGUCUUGAUUGUCCAUCUAAUGUAAUAUCUGAUGAUGAGGAUAAUGGAAUAACGUUUUUCAUUUUCAGUGCAGUUUCUUGUAGAGUUUCAGGAACUGUAUUCAAGCAGAAAACUGCCUAAAACGCAUCAAAAUAAAACACAAGGCCUGUAAGACAGAGAAGGUCAAAUGACAGCACAGUGUAACAGUGUAUUCAACAAGUCUCAAUAAAGCAGAGAGGUCAUGGACUACUACAGUUAUGUUAUGCUGUGGGAUUUUUUUUCCAGACUGCCGUAAUAUUCAGUAGAGCAGGCUGGUUAUAUAGACAGGUGUGCUCCUUUCCAAUAAAGACGGUAGAAAAAAAGAGAGUAAGCAGGCUGGAAGCAGACCUCCCAGGUCUGAGCUGUGCUGCUGCCUCCUGCUGCCUGUGUGUCUGCAGCUCCUCCCACCUGCAGCAGCUCAAGAUCCAGUUGUAAAUCAGUUUUCAUUCCAGAAGGAGCAACAGUGAGAGGUUCAAAGUUGUCUACAAAGGGUCAAACAUGGCUGCAGAAAACAUCGUCAGCUGAAGGAAAAUAUAUCUAAAACCAGCAAAGCUCCAGGGGAGUAAAUGAGAGAAGGCGCCUUAAUCACAGUCUCAACAUGAUCAUUUGGUGUGGAUAAAGCACAGAUCACCCAGCUUGUGUAAACCACUGACAGAACAAAACAAGACCUUUGGGAGCUUCAAGAAGAACCAUAUGAACUAGUGAUGUUCUACCACUAGACACAUAUUCAAAGAGGCAGGAAGCAGCAGUAGUCACCAUGAUUGACCUGAGUUUCCUAACCGAGGAGGAGCAGGAGACCAUCCGGGCUGUGCUAAGAAGAGAUGCUGAGCUGAAGAAGUCUGAGGAGCAGCGUGUCCAGAACCUACAGAGGACAGUGAGUGAUAGGGGCCAGCUGAGGUACCUGACUGGAGAAUGGUUCUACGAGACCAAGCAGCUUCGCCAUCAGGAUCGCAUCCAUGGCUCCGACAUCAUCAGGGCCUCCAUGAAGCACACAUAUAAACCGCUGACUAUAUUGGAGCUCUCCCAGAUACUGCCAGAGAAGCCCAGUUUUGUCAGCAGUGAAAAUAAGGAGGUGUUCGUCCCACCUGUUCUCUGUGGACUCCUUCAGGAGCCUCACAUGCAGCUGGGCCAUGAAAGGAAUCAGAACCAGAACCCUUAUGAAACGCCUCAAGAGACACCUAAACCAGUUUUACUGUCGCCCACAAAGCAGCGAAAAAAUCCAUUCAACAGUGAACUUGUUACACCUCACAAUUUUGAAGAAAAGGACAAUCAGUUAUUGGACGGAGCAGUGGAUCAAACCCAGACACCAAAUGAGGAGCCUUUACCAUCAUCUGACAGCUGCGUUUCUCAUGCAACUAACCUAAAACCAGACCCUAAUGAUAGCCCUGACACCCAGAAUGCAUCUGUUUCCAUGCCAAUGCCUGAAAACCAAGCAGUCUGUACCAGUUCUCAGGACUGUUUCCUUGAGGUAGAUAGGUCAGCAGGCAGACAGAUUAUAUCUGCUGCUCCACGGGGCAUCCUCAAGCGCUUGUCCACCUCUAGCUCCACAGACUCCCUGCUCUCUCGCCUGGAUCUGCAGAGUCCAGUUAGUCUGGAUUCUCCCACUGAGACCUGGAUAGACAGGAAGCAGGUGAGGUUCAGCUCCACAGUGAGUCGGAGUGGAGUGGAGUGGCAGGAUGGGAAGGAGCUAGGUGAGCAUAGUUUGCUGGACGUCGACUUGAUCGUUUCUUCUGAGACGGAAAACAACAGUAACCUUGAGAAUGAUGGCAGAACUACUACUACUGGCACACAUAGGCCUUUACUCACACAGAGUCAAGCGGAUUUACAGGAAGGUGAGCUCAGUUGCAAAAACCUCCAAAAGCAAGAUCCUGGCCAACACCAGGUCUUUGGUGAUCUCUCUGAGCACCUUGAGCUUACAGAGGUCCUGAGCCCUCCAGUGUCCAGCCUUGUUUCAGCUGAGCAGGAGUCAGGUAAGCCUGUUCACCUGGAUACACAGCCUGAAGAAGACCGUCACUCUCAGGCUGAGGUUACAGACUGGCCCACUGGACACAGCAUUCAUCAACAAAAGCUGCCUGAACAAAGCACUGACAUUUCUGCCGGGGCCACUUCAGAGACCAAGCCGUCAACUAAUGGCAGCUCAAAGAGUUCUUCUCAUGCUGUUUCACCAAAGCCUAAACAAAGACUGCUUGGAAUUUUUAGAAGAGAGAAAGAGAAAACUGCUCAAGUACAGGGUCCACAGAAGGAACAGGUAAACAUAUUUAAGAAGAAAGAACCAGAAAAUCUCUCCAAAGAUGCUGCAGAUAUGACCAUGGACAAACUUGCAAGUGUCAAACAAGAAGAUAAACCUCCUGAGAUGACAGAGGUCAGAACACUACAACUUACAGCGCUGCAGAAUACUCCAUUUAAAGAAAUAAUGACUUCAGUAGAUUCAGACACUCAGCAGGAGACACAAGAGGAUAAAGUUAAGUUUCCAGAAGGACUAUCCAAUUUGAAAGCAUUCUGGGAGAGAGAAAACAGCAGUCCCAAAAUAAUAUUUACCAGAGAGCAGGUGAGAUAUGAAGACAUCACCAAAACAGGAAUAGAAGCUUCACAUGGCCCUCAAAAUGUUCAGACUAACUCUGAUGUUCAGACUGAAUGUAGCAUGUUAGUAGAUUUAUCAAAAGAAGACGGUACAUACAGGGCCAAUCCUGUCCUCAUCUAUGAGGAGACAGAUGAUUCUUUAACGGGUUCAAUAACAGAGUCACCAAUUCUUGAACCACAGGAAAACGUCACCACUCCUGUACCUUCUCUAGCUUGCAACAGUCAAAAGCAAGAGAGGGACAUACCAGUUCCCCUUCACAGGCAGUCAAUGUCCAGUCCUCAAGAGGAAGGGCCAGCCAACAUCAGUGAGCUUAAGAAUUUUUGGGAGAAGGAGUAUACAGGACCCAGGAUAAUUGCUGCAAGAGUCAAGGAAACCUCAAGUAGUACAAUACUCAAUAACAAAGUGGCUCCCCCUCAGUCUGACCUGUCCUUAGAUAGCAGAGAGAAGUCUGAGGAAGAUGCACAAACUUCUCCAUACACAACCAAGUCCAAUGUCUCUAAAUCACUGAAAGUGACCGACAAGGGCUUUGUCAGUCAGAGUCCAGAUAGAUCACAGCUGAGGAGUUCUGUUAGUGCUGGGGAUGUACAGUCAACAUGUCACCCACAUCAAGUCAUGGCUGAGUCUCAAGAAAGGCCCCUCAGUCCUAGCAAAUCCCAAACUCCAAGAUCCAAGGAGCAAGAGGAUGAAGUCAGGAGGAGUCCGUCUAAAACCUGCCACCCGAGGGUCCUACCAAGAGAAUCCUCAAGUCCCAAGAGAUCCAGGCUGGAAAGCUCUCCCUUGAAAACUUUUCCAAUAGACAUUAACCCCCAAACCAAGGAAAUUGAGGAACAACUAGGAAAGCCAACUCCAGCGCCAAGACAGAGGAAGAGUCCCUCACAUGAAGCGAAGCAGACAGACACUAAACCUAACACAGAGCUCACCUCUCAUCCUCUACCUUUAGAUCGAGAAUGCAAAGAAGUUUAUUUUGGUAACUUUAAAACACAAGAAAGUAGUUUAGGCUCCUCCAUGGCUUCACAAUCCAGAAAAGCUUCAGAGAAGAAGUUGGGAACCUUUACACGUCUUGCUAGAUCUUUCAUCCCUCAAGAUUUUCAGCACUACCUUGGGCCUCACGAGAAAGCCCACGUCCCUUCUUUUCACCAAGACAAAGCUGCUCAAGAGUCUCAUGUAAACCCUUCAACUGCUGAGAGUGAUGGAGUGCACAGACCACAGAGCGCUCUCAAAGACUAUGUGGGAAACCAGAGCGACAUUCCCACAGAGGGGAAUUUGUCUAGAACCAGUUCUUGGAUUGUGCAAAAUAAAGACGGAAACUUCAGCCAAGACACAACAACUGGGGCCUGGUCUUUGUCUCGGGCAAGUUCAGGCAGUUAUGAUGAUAAUUCUAGCCCUGCUAUGUCAGCUCUGAAACGAUUAUCUUCAAGGACCACAUCCUCAUCCAAAAGUCUGGAAAACCUCAUUUCACAAACAAGAGAAGAGAGGAACAACAAUGCCUCCAGAGAACAAAUGAAUCUAAGUGUGGAUGAUGCCUCUUCACUCUUCAACUCAAAGCAGAUGAAAAGCAGCGUGUCGGUUCCUGUUCUUCAGCAGGAUGAGACGGACAGUGACAGCACUUUUGAGAAUACCUCAGGCUGGAGAAGAAACACAGGCAGCUCCACAUCUAACAUAAGUCUCUCCUCUGGGAUGGCCUCCAUGUCGUCUGUCAGCGGCAGCAUCAGCAGCAUUUACCCUGUUGACUUGGGUGACAUUGAAGUCCAGGGAAGCAUCCAGUUUGCUGUGAACUACAUCCAGAAGCUUGGAGAGUUUCACAUCUUUGUGGUGCACUGCAGGGAUUUGGCUGUAGCCGACACCAAGAAGAACCGCUCUGACCCGUAUGUGAAAUGUUACCUUCUUCCUGACAAAACAAAGCUAGGAAAGAGAAAAACCACCGUGAGAAAGAAGUCUUUAAACCCCAAUUACAAUGAAAUCCUCAGGUUUAAAAUCAUAAUGGAGGUGUUGAAAACUCAGAGUUUGAACAUUUCUGUGUGGCACAACGACACUUUUGGACGAAACAGCUUCCUGGGUGAGGUGGACCUGGAUCUGUCAGAAUGGGACUUCAGCAACACACAGAUAAAUGAAUUUGCAUUAAAACCCAGGGUGUCAGCACAGAUUUCAACACCUUCUCCUUCCUGUCUGAUGGACAGCAGAGGACAGAUGAGAGUAGCCCUGAGAUUCCUGCCACAGACGUCUCACAGCAAGACAACAUCUAGGAUGGAGACUGGUGAGGUGCAGAUUUGGGUGAAAGACUGCAAGAAUCUUUCACCAGUCAGAGGAGUGAUCAUCGAUCCAUUUGUGAAAUGUGGCGUACUUCCUGACACGAGCCGGAAAAGCCGACAAAAGACCCGGGUGGUGAAGAGGACGGCCAACCCCAUGUUCAACCACACCAUGGUGUAUGAUGGCUUCCGGCCGGAGGACCUCAGAGAGGCCUGUGUAGAGAUCACAGUGUGGGAUCACGACCGACUGAACAACCGUUACAUCGGUGGUCUUAGACUUGGGCUAGGGACAGGGAGGAGUUAUGGGGUGGAAGUGGCUUGGAUGGAUUCGACGACAGAUGAAGCAAAUUUAUGGCAGAGGAUGUUGCAGUCUGAUGGUGAAUGGGUGGAGGAUGUCUUACCUCUGAGAAUGUUGGUGAUGGCAAAAAGCAUGUCAAAGUGAGAGUGUAUAAAAUGUACUGAUAAACAUUAUGAGAACAAGCUGAUUGGAUCAACAUACUAUACACUACAAUAUCAAUGCCUUAAUGAGCAAUGUGUAUGUAUAAUUGAUAAUCAUUGUGUAAGUUACUCACUCAAACUACUUUAGUGUGUAUAGUCCAGACUACAUCAAAAAAAAGUUAAUUAUUUAUGAAUAUGAAGCAAACUAGGGCAGAAGAUCAAAUCUAAGUUAUAAAACAUACAAAUUGUUUUGAUCUGAAAAUAAGUUUGAUCUGAGCACUGAUGAUUUGUAUAUAGUCCUGUUGUUCUAUAAUGUAAUUACUGCAAUAAGCAAUUUUGUCUCAAUAAACAGGAUAUUAAUGCCAC